AUGAAUUAGAUAUGUAAAUAUGACUUUUAACUUAAUUUUAGGCACAGGCAGAUAUAUGCAAAAUUAAUUAUUUAAGGAUGCGAUUUAUAAUAUUGGCUUGCUUCUUAAAUUUAGUAGCCUUUUGAGAUAAAUUGAAAAAUAAAAUGUCUAAAAGGUUAUGUGUAAAAAAAAAUAGAACAAAAAAGCACUAAAUCUUUAACAAAUUUGUAAGCUUAAGAAAGCAGUCUCACUAAAUAAUAGAAGGGAAAAUUAGUAAAAUGGACAAUUAAAUUAAGCUUAAUAGAAUAAGAUUGAAAAUUCAACUUAAUAUUACAACCAAGGUAAAUUUAAACAUGCAUUAUUUUGAAGCAAUUGCUUUAUAAUAUAUAAAUGAUUUUGAAGAGGCAUUACAAUAUUAUGGAUUAGAUACUGAGAUAAGCCCAAAAAAUUCAGACUAUUACAAUCAUAAAGGUAUAAAUUAUUAAAUUCAUACAUUUUUAAGCAAUAAGUUUAUAACAGAUGAAUAGAUUUAUAGAAGCAUUAGAUUGUUAUGAUUAGGCAAUUCAAUUAGAUCCAGAAAUUCCAAUAUUUAAAUUCAACAAAGGUAUAUUUUUUUUAUAAUAAUCUAUCUUAGCGAAUGCUUUAUAUCAAAUGAAAAAAUAUGAAGAAGCAUUAAAAUUUUAUGAUGAAGCAAUUGAAUUAUAUGAAGAUUCAAGAUAUUUCAUUAACAAAGGUAAAAGAGAUAAAUUAAUAUUCUUUUUUUAGCAAAUACAUUAAAAGAAAUGAAAAGAUAUGAAGAUGCAUUAGUAUGUUUUGAUAAGGCAAUUGAGUAAGAUCCAGAAGAUAUAGAUUCUAUAUGUUGUAAAGGUAAAAAAGAUAUAAUAAUGCUAUUUUAGCUAAUACAUUAUGUGAAAUGAAAAGAUAUGAGGAGGCAUUAAAAUAUUUUGAUCAAGCAAUUAGGAAAAAUCCAGAAGAUUCAAUCUAUUUCUUCAACAAAGGUAAAAUAAAAAUAAUCUUUCUUUUUAGCAAAUGUCUUAUAAUCAAUGAAUAGAUUUGAAGAAUCAUUAGAUUUUUUUGAUAAGGCGAUUGAAAAAGAAAAAGAAGAUUCAAGAUAUUUCAAUUGCAAAGGUUUAAAAUAACUUAUUAAACAUAAGGAAUUACUUUAUAUCAUAUGAGUAGAUUUGAGGAUGCAUUAAUAUGUUUUAAUCAAGCAAUUAAGAAAAACCCAUAGGAUUCAAGAUAAUAUGCAAAUAAAGGUAUAAGGUUACAAUUAAAUUAUCUUAGCAAGUGCCUUAAAAUAAAUGAAAAGAUAUGUAGAAGCAUUAGAUAAUAUAGAAAAUGCAAUUAAGUAUAACCCAGAAGAUAUAGAAAUAUUAUGUUAUAAAGGUAAUUGAUAGUAUUUCUCAAACUUAGCUAAUAUCUUAAGAGAGAUGAAAAAAUUUGAAGAAGCAUUAGAAUGUUUUGAUUAUGCAAUUUAAUAAAAUUCAGAUGAUUCAAGACAUUUUAAUAGUAAAGGUAGAAAUGUUUUAUUUCUUAGCAAUCAUCUUAAAUGAAAUAAAAAGAUAUGAAGAUGCAUUAAAAUUUUAUGAUUAUGCAAUUUAGAAAAACCCUGAGGAGCCUAACUAUUUCUUUAACAAAGGUAUGAAAUAGACUCAAUUAUUUAAUUUAGCAAAUAAUUUAGCUGAUAUGAAAAGAUAUAAUGAUGCAUUGGAAUAUUAUGAUUAUGCAAUUUAAAGAAACUCUUAAGAUGCAAGAUACUAUAUAAAUAAAGGUAAAAAAUUAUUUUAGUUUUAGCAAAUAUUUUAAAACUAUUGAAGAGAUAUGAAGACGCAUUAAAAUAAUAUGAUUAGGCAAUUGAGUAUAACCCCGAGGAUCCAAUUUAUUUCUAUCACAAAGGUAUAAAAGUAGUUAUGCUUAGCUAAUACAUUAACUGAAAUGAAAAGAUUUAAUGAUGCAUUGGAAUAUUACGAUUAUGCAAUCAAAAGAAACCCUGAUGACGCAAGAUAUUAUGUAGAAAAAGGUAAAAAAAAUAUUUCAAUUUUAGCAAAUAUUUUAAAACUAUUGAAGAAAUAUGAAGACUCAUUAACAUAAUAUGAUCUUGCAAUUUAAAAUAAUCCUGAGAACCCAAUUUAUUUUUAUCACAAAGGUAUAAAAGUAGUUAUUCUGUUUAGCAAAUACAUUAGCUGAUAUGAAAAGAUAUAAUGAUGCAUUGGAAUAUUAUGAUUAUGCAAUCAAAAGAAACCCAGACGAUCCAUCUUACUACUUUAAUAAAUGUAUGGAAAAAAUUUUUACUUUUAUAGCAAAGAUCUUAAGUUAAAUUUAUAAACAUGAAGAAGCAUUAAAACAUUUAGAUGUUGCAAUUUAGAAAAACCCAUAAGAUCCAAAUUAUUUACUUCAUAAAGGUAUAGAAGAAAAAUUUAUAAUUUCUUAGCUAAUACCUUAUCUGAUAUGAAAAGAUAUGUAGAAGCUUUAGAAUGUAUUGAAAAUGCAAUUUAAAAAAACCCCUAAGAUUCAAUUUAUUACUUAAAUAAAGGUAUGAAUUAAUUAAAAUAUUUUUUCAGCAAAUAUUUUAUUCUAAAUGAACAAAUUAUAAGAAGCCUUAAAAUACUAUGAUUAUGCGAUAGAAAAAAAUCCAGAUGAUUCACAAUAUUAUAAUUAUAAAGGUAUAAAAACCACAUUAUUUUUAGCAAUUAACUUAGAAAAGAUGAAAAGAUACGAAGAAGCCUUACGAUAUUUUGAUAAUGCGAUUUAGAAAAAUCCUGAAAAUGCUAAUUAUUUAAUUAACAAAGGUAUUAAUAGAAAAAUUAUUAUUUAUAAGCAAAUACCUUAUUUGAAAUGAAAAAAUAUGAGGAAGCCUUAAAAUAUUAUAAUUUUGGUAUUGAAAAAAACUCUGAAAAUUCAAAUUAUUUAGUUAACAAAGGUAUUAACAGAAAAAUUAUUAUUUUAUUAGCAAAUACCUUAUUUCAAAUGAAAAGAUAUGAAGAAGCAUUAAAAUAUUAUAAUUAGGGGAUUGAAUAAAAUCCAAACGAUUCCACAUUUUAUUAUAACAAAGGUAUAAAUAAAACAAUUUUUCUUUUUCAGCAAAUUGCUUAUUUGAAAUCAAAAAAUACGAAGAAGCAUUAAAAUAUUUUGAUUUUGCUAUACAAAAAAUCCCUGAAGAAUCGGGUUAUUUCGGUAAUAAAGGUAGAUUAAAAACAAUUAUUAUUCCUAGCAUUAACUUUAAUUGAAUUGAAAAGAUUUGAUGAAGCAUUAAAAAAUUUUGAUUUAGCAAUUUAGUUUGAUCCUGAAAAUCCAAAAAAUUUCUUUGAUAAAGGUAUAAGCAAAAAAUAACUUACUUAGCAAACCUUCUAAAGUAAAUGAAACGCUUUUAAGAGGCAUUAAAAUAUUAUGAAUUUGCAAUUUAGAAAAAUCCAAAAGAUUCAGCCUACUAUUUUUGCAAAGGUAUACAANUAAAUUUAUAAACAUGAAGAAGCAUUAAAACAUUUAGAUGUUGCAAUUUAGAAAAACCCAUAAGAUCCAAAUUAUUUACUUCAUAAAGGUAUAGAAGAAAAAUUUAUAAUUUCUUAGCUAAUACCUUAUCUGAUAUGAAAAGAUAUGUAGAAGCUUUAGAAUGUAUUGAAAAUGCAAUUUAAAAAAACCCCUAAGAUUCAAUUUAUUACUUAAAUAAAGGUAUGAAUUAAUUAAAAUAUUUUUUCAGCAAAUAUUUUAUUCUAAAUGAACAAAUUAUAAGAAGCCUUAAAAUACUAUGAUUAUGCGAUAGAAAAAAAUCCAGAUGAUUCACAAUAUUAUAAUUAUAAAGGUAUAAAAACCACAUUAUUUUUAGCAAUUAACUUAGAAAAGAUGAAAAGAUACGAAGAAGCCUUACGAUAUUUUGAUAAUGCGAUUUAGAAAAAUCCUGAAAAUGCUAAUUAUUUAAUUAACAAAGGUAUUAAUAGAAAAAUUAUUAUUUAUAAGCAAAUACCUUAUUUGAAAUGAAAAAAUAUGAGGAAGCCUUAAAAUAUUAUAAUUUUGGUAUUGAAAAAAACUCUGAAAAUUCAAAUUAUUUAGUUAACAAAGGUAUUAACAGAAAAAUUAUUAUUUUAUUAGCAAAUACCUUAUUUCAAAUGAAAAGAUAUGAAGAAGCAUUAAAAUAUUAUAAUUAGGGGAUUGAAUAAAAUCCAAACGAUUCCACAUUUUAUUAUAACAAAGGUAUAAAUAAAACAAUUUUUCUUUUUCAGCAAAUUGCUUAUUUGAAAUCAAAAAAUACGAAGAAGCAUUAAAAUAUUUUGAUUUUGCUAUACAAAAAAUCCCUGAAGAAUCGGGUUAUUUCGGUAAUAAAGGUAGAUUAAAAACAAUUAUUAUUCCUAGCAUUAACUUUAAUUGAAUUGAAAAGAUUUGAUGAAGCAUUAAAAAAUUUUGAUUUAGCAAUUUAGUUUGAUCCUGAAAAUCCAAAAAAUUUCUUUGAUAAAGGUAUAAGCAAAAAAUAACUUACUUAGCAAACCUUCUAAAGUAAAUGAAACGCUUUUAAGAGGCAUUAAAAUAUUAUGAAUUUGCAAUUUAGAAAAAUCCAAAAGAUUCAGCCUACUAUUUUUGCAAAGGUAUACAAUUAAAAAAUAAUAUUUUCUAGCAUUAACUUUAUUUGAAAUGAAAAGAUUUGAAGAAGCUUUAAAAUAUUUUGAUUUUGCAAUUGAAAAAAACUCAGAGAAUUCCACUUAUUAUUUUAAAAAAGGUACUAAAGAAAAAAAAUCACUUUAGCGAUUACCUUAAAUGAAAUGAAAAGAAAUGUAGAGGCAUUAAAAUAUUUUGAUUUGACUAUUUAGAAGAACCCAUAAGAUGUUCAAUGUUUGUUUCACAAAGGUAUAAAAGAUGAACUAAUUUAUUCAAGGAUAAACAUUACUUGAAAUGUUAAGAAUUAAAGAAGCAAUUGAAUGCUUUGAUUAUGCAUUUUCGAAAACCCCAUAAGAUUCCAAUUAUUCCCAAAGCACAGGUAUGCAAGAUACAAUAUUAUUUAUAGAGUUUGCAAUUUUUAAAGAACUUGUUAAGAACCUUAAAUAGUAUUAAAAGUAAUUCAAUAAAUGA